AAUCCUGUUCUACAAUUAAAAAAAAAGUUUCAUUAGUUUCAUUCUGACGCUGUCAAAACUUUCCUGUCUUUUUAAACACACAAUGAAAUGAAACUGAAAGUUUUUUUUCCUCAUUUGACUUUUAAAUAUGGCUUCGAAUUACGAGGACGCAUUUGAUAGGAGUGUGUCAGAUUUAAGCGAAACUGGCACAGAUUCACUUUCUGGAUCUGAUUCAGACUCAGAAACACAACAGAGGCAGGUCUGCUAUUACUACAACAAAGGCAACUGUCGCAACGGCACCUCCUGUCCAGACCUGCACGUGUGCAAGUACUAUUUGAAAGGCAAUUGUCGCUAUGCCUCGGGAUGUCGCCUCUAUCAUGGCUCAGUCUCCAAUACUGCAAGCAACAAUCAAGAGACAAGGAGUCGUAGCAGGAGGACUCAAGGUUACAGAGAUCGCAGUCGUAGCUCCUCAUCUGGUUCUGACAGCAAUACGGACAGCAGACCCUAUAGAUGGCAAUUAAAUUUGGGAAAAGGCUGGCAAGAUGUAGAAAAUGAUUAUAUCCUGGAAGCUCAAUUCUCACGCCCUUACACUAAAGGCAUCACCAUCUACAAUACUCCCUGUGGUGCUCUGUCUAUCGACUUUACAAGAAUGCGUAUCUUGAAAAAGACCAACCUGCGAGUAAGACGUAGGGGCUCCCGAAAGAGCAAUUGGCUGUGGUAUUACAGAGAAACCGAUGGCUGGCGUGAGUUCGGAAAGAAGGACGCACAGGGGAACUCCAGUCCAGUGAAUAGCUCCAUGCUGGAAAGUGAGUUCAAGAAGAACUCAUGUGGCACUCUGCAAUUCAUUAUUGACUCCAGCAACUACGAGAUAAGAUUUAAAGACAUGUGCCAGAAAAACUUGUCCACAGGCCACAAAAGGAAGAUCAGAAGACGUCCAAAAUUUGAUUCUCCUCAGGCUGAAGGAGUGAAUACAGUGACAAAUAAGUUAAAGUCCAUGUUGACUUCAUCUAAGAAGGCUCCUCUGUGGCAGUUCAGUGGGAGACGUGGAAACUGGCAUAACUUCAGUUCUCAAGGCUCUUGUUCAGUAUCAAGUGAAGACAUUGAGCAAGAGUUCCAGCGCAAUCAUCAGGGCUCCAUGAGCUUUAAUGUAAAUGGAGACCAGUUCAUCCUGGACUUCUCACAGAUGAUCCAAACCAACGUGAAAACAAAAGCCACUCGCAAUAUCCGACGUGUGAAGCAGUGAUGCUACUCUUACAGCAGGCUUCAGACAUUUGCAGAGGAUAAAGUAGUGGUAAUGCGAUCUGAAUAGUACAUGUGCUGAUGGUGAUGGUUAACCCUUAUUUAAAUUGUAACACCAUUUUACAUACUGCCUUUUGGAUAUUCCAUAUCCUUUAAAUGUGUGUGAGUGUAAAACACAAACAAGCCUGUUUACAUCAAAUAUAUUAGAAUAUUAUGUUUACCACAUGAUUAUUGUGACUGGGUAAUACUUAUGAAUUGAUGAUUUAAUGGGUGCCUAGAUUUCCUGUGGGAUAAUAUGCCUAUUGUUUUUAUGGCAAAUCAUCAAAACCGAUAUAAAGUGAUAACGACUCUAA